AUGGCCAGUCCCACCAGAGAUUCCUUCAUUGAUCAUCAUGACUACUCCUCCACAAUCACCAAUCAACAACAACAAGGUCAAGGAGGACAAGGACGUGAUGGUGGUGACGUUGGCAGCCCAACAAUCAACAAUCCAGUAAUUGGAUUCGGAUCAUCAUCCUCUCCAGAUCCUACUCAACCAAAUCAUGAGUCUCAGACACCGACUAGUACUGAAGUCGAACCCUCUCAAACUCCACCAGUGCUAUUAUCACCAACACCCCCUUUUACUUCUUCUCCUGGUGGUGGUAAUGUUUGUGCGAUCAGUACUAGUCAUGUUAUUUAUAACGAUCUUCUUCCUCCUCCUCCUUUUAUUCCUCCGGCUGCUAGUAGCUUUGUGGGUUCUUCCGGAAGGAAAAGAGAGUGGCCCCGUGAUGAGUACCCUAGUGGUGAUGGAGAAUCAACGCCUCGUAAGUUAUUGAGAUCAGGUGAUCAUGAAAAACCGCCGAUUAGGUGUGUUGUAUGUGGGAGAGAAUUUACGAGGGACAAAGCCUAUUUCGGGCAUUUGCGGAAGCACCCUGAUAGGCAAUGGCGCGGGGCUUAUCCUCCGAUGGAGGUCGGGAAAUUGGGUCCGACGCUGUUGGAGUUGGCUAACCAGACCAUUGCUCGCUUGAACGUAAGAUCAGGGCCAAGUAGUACUAAUACUAGUUAUAGUUCAAGCAGGGGUAGUUUGGGUAUCAAUUUGAAUAAUCCUCCUCCUCCUCCUUCGACGAGUGCUGCUGAUGAUGGAGCACCGCUACCUUUUGAUUUGAAUAAGCUUCCUCCCCCAGAGAUUAAUGAUGAUGAAGAAGAAGAUCCUGACAAUGGUCAUCAGCCAGCCCAAUAA